AUGGUGUAAAAAUUUCUUGCGAAGUGAUUCGUUCGCGAACGACACAUCUCUACUACUGUCACACUGGUCCACGGUGGUGUAUCUUACACCGUGUAGAAUACUAACAGAUGUUUACCACAUCCUGGACCACAUCAGACCACAUUUCAAACAGAUUGGGUGUUACAAAACGGAUAAAUGUGCUUCGGCCAGGAUAAGACAGUGUCAGAUUUGGAAAGAUGAUUGUGUGAUCAUUUGCGCGAAGUUUAUUAAAUCAGGAAGAUUAAGACAGUACACUGAGAUCAUGGAAGAUAAAACCAAGCGCUAUGAGAAAGUGGAAUUUUUAGGUGAAGGGCAGUUUGCGACGGUGUAUAAAGCUCGCGAUAUUCACCAUGAUAACAUUGUUGCUGUGAAAAAGAUAAAACUUGGAAGUCGUGCUGAAGCGAAAGAUGGCAUUAACAGAACAGCUCUAAGAGAAGUCAAACUACUUCAAGAAUUGAAGCAUCCAAAUAUUAUUAAUUUAAUGGAUGUUUUUGGCCAUAAAUCUAAUGUUUCAUUGGUAUUUGAUUUUAUGGAUACAGAUUUGGAAGUUAUAAUAAAAGAUAACUCUAUUGUUUUAACUCCAGCUCAUAUUAAAGCAUAUGUGUUGAUGACAUUGCAAGGGUUGGAGUAUCUACAUAUGAACUGGAUUUUACACCGAGAUUUGAAACCAAAUAACUUGCUUGUUAAUAGUAAUGGUAUUCUUAAAAUUGGUGAUUUUGGUUUAGCCAAAUUUUUUGGUUCUCCCAAUAGGAUUUAUACUCAUCAAGUAGUUACCAGGUGGUAUAGAUCGCCCGAGUUGCUGUUUGGGGCUCGCAUUUAUGGCACUGGAGUGGACAUGUGGGCAGUGGGCUGCAUUUUGGCAGAGCUUUUGCUCAGAGUGCCUUUCCUCCCUGGCGAAUCAGACUUGGAUCAGUUGACAAGAAUAUUUCAAGCUUUGGGUACUCCUACAGAGCUAGUUUGGCCCGGUAUGGAAGCAUUACCAGACUACAUUCAAUUCAAAUCUUUCCCUGGAACACCAUUCAGGCAUAUUUUUACUGCUGCAAGUGAUGAUUUGCUUGAAUUGCUUGAGAAUCUUUUAUCUCUCUAUCCUUUGAAGAGAUGUACUUGUGAAAAAGCUUUAAGAAUGGCUUAUUUCAGCAACAAACCAUAUCCGUCUCCUGGAAGCCAGCUGCCUCUACCAUCCAGCAUUCAGCCUAAUGUUGGAGUUAAUAAACCGACAUUGAAGAGAAAGUUGAUGGAUUCUUUGGAAGGAGAGCCUUAA